AUGACUUCGGUACUCGCCACGCAGCCAAGUGAUCUUAAAUCAUCGCUGCCAUUUGCACGCUCCAAGUCGAAAAUGCCUGAAGUCCAGGAGCCGACAGCGCGGCAUGGGAUCAAGCAGGAGGCUGACCAGGACCAGGUUAGGGGACGGCCGCGCAGCCGGUCCGAUGACAAGGAUGUCGACGGACUUGAUAUGGACGAUGCCGCGGAUGGUGACGCCGACGGAAACCAUGCGAACUCGUCAAAUUCGGACGGCCCCGCCAGGAAGAGGCGGAGGAGCCGCAAGGGCCUUGAUAAGAAAUUCGAGUGCCCCGAGAAGGGUUGCGGCAAAAGCUACUCCAGGGCAGAGCACCUCUACCGACACCAACUUAACCAUAACCCUAAGCAGGUCUACAGGUGCGACUGGGGUGACUGUAAUCGGACCUUCGUCCGGCUGGACCUGUGCAACCGGCACAAGGACAGGCACACGGCCAAGGGCUCGGCCCUCAAUCGCAAGGACUCAAUCAUGAGCCAUGGCUCCCCGAUUUCAGAUACCCGCCAGCCAUUUGCGCCGACGGGCUCGACCUCGCCAGAGGCUAACCGGCCAGGCACCGGGUACAACAACGGCCGCCACAUACCCAUACAGUACCACUCGCCAAAGGAUGGUAUGGGUAGCCCGUACGCGGUCACCAACACGCCUCCAACCGGCUAUCCAAGCGGGCCACACUCCAACGGCAUGGACUACAUGCAUCACGACGGUGGCUACCACCAUCAGGGCCCUGGCCAGCGAGGCCCCCACCACUCUCCUCCGGGGCCUCAACGCCCUUCGGUGCAAACCAACGUCGGGCCCUACGGGGUAUUGUCCCCCGCGUCGACGCAGCACGGCUAUCACAGCCAGCCGACUAACACUCCACAGUCCUCCGUCGUCAUGUCAUACGUGGCUUCGCAGAAUUUCCCUCCCAUCAGCCUACCCCCCUCGGAUUUCGCCCCUGCCUCGGUAAAUAUUCCUCGCGAAGCCCCGCCGACAUAUGCGCCCGCGACGUCGGGCGAGUAUUCCGACCAGGGCCACCAACAGCCCACAAGCGACAUGAUGAUGCUCGAGUCGAUGGGCAUACAGUCGACGGUUGCCGUGUUCGGCUGUGAUAGCGUCAUGAACAAGUCGCCUCACGUCGGGAUGUCUGAGGACUUCAUGGCGUACCUCUUCAACUCGGGACAGGGCGAUAACUCACCAAUGCCGGGGGUGUACGGCUAUGCCGACGCCACGGCAAAUCAGUACGGCGUCGCCUAUUACGGAGCCGACCCCGCGCAGCUGGGCUAUUUCCCGUCGGCUGGACCCCAGCAGGUCAUGGCCGUUACCAACUUGGUCGACCAGAAUCUCCCUGUCUUCAACAUCUCUAACGAUAAGAGCGACGAGAUCUUUGAGUUCAUCAAGGAGAGAUUCCACGAGAACGGGCACGCGCCGGUCGAGCGCCAACGGGACAGCAUUAUCGAAGGCGAUCGCAAUGACGACAGCCACAUGCUUAGCCGGACGAUGAUGCAAGCCUACAUUGGCUCUUACUGGCUUCAUUUCAGCGACCAGAUCCCGAUCCUCCAUAAGCCGACAUUCUCGCCAGACAAGACCCAGAACCUGCUGCUGAUCGCGAUGAUGACUAUCGGCGCGGCGUGCCUAGACAAGGCUCACGGCCAAAAGGUCACCAAGGCGGGCGCGAAGCUGUCCAACUUCCUGGCCUGGCACCUCCGGUGGGAGAUGUUCCAGGAUCCUAACUGUCGACCGCCCGCAAAGCUCUGGGUCUUCCAGACCCUGUUACUUCUCGAAGUGUACGAGAAGAUCUAUUCCACACGGGAGCUCCACGAGCGAGCACACAUUCAUCACGCAACAACGAUCACGCUCAUGCGCCGCGGACGAGCGCUUAUUGGCAAAUCGGCGUUGGAUUCGCCGCCGAACCCCCGCGAUCCGGACAGGCAGAACGGGUCACGGCAUUCGUCAUCGGGAGUGGCACAUAGUCCGGAGGACUGGUGGAAUUAUUGGGUCACAAACGAAGCAACGCGCCGCGCCGCGUUUGCGGCUUUCGUGAUUGACUCUAUCCACGCCACCAUGUUCGGCCACUCGACCGUCAUGGUUGCACAUGAGAUGAGGCUCCCCCUGCCUUGCGACGAGAAGCUGUGGAACGCCACAAGCGGGGCCGAGGUCGGACGGAUCGAGAACAACCUAAUGUCAGCGGGCAACAAGCCCAUCGCUUUCCUCGAGGGAUUGAAGCGGACGCUAAACAACCAGGAGGUGCACACGAACUCGUUUGGCCGCACCAUCCUGAUGGCGGGCCUGCUCAGCGUCAGCUGGCACAUGAACCAGCGAGACCUCCAGGUCAACUCGCUCGGCAACGGGGUUUCCCAGGCCCUGGGCGGCCGAGAUAAGUGGCGUGGGACCCUGACGAGGGCAUUUGAUUCGUGGAAGAGCAACUUCGACAAGUCGCUCCUGGCCGGCCGAGGCGACUCAUCGGACCCUUAUGCCUUCGACUCGUCGAAUCGGAACGAGGCCAAUGUGGUCUUUGAGAGCCGCAUCGUUCUCCAUCAUCUGGCGCACAUGGCGAUGCACGUGGACAUUGUGGAUUGCCAGAUCUUCGCCCGGGCGAGGAGGCUGCUAGGCCGCGCCAUCGGGACGCAGGACCUCAACAGCGCGCAACGGCGGAUGAAGGACAUCUGGGCGCCGUCGGCAAAGGCGCGGGAUGCCACCUACUACGCCCUCAAGUUCUUGAGCUCAGUUCUAGUCCCCGAUGAUUUCGGCUCGCCGCGGUCGAGCGGUUACGGCCACUUGGACGAGCCAUACUCGGCACGCGACGACGUGCUCCUCAACCGCCCGUGGGUGCUGUAUUUUGCGGCAUUGGUCGUCUGGUGCUACGGCUUCGCGCUCGAGGGGCCCUGCCCUACCGCCCCCGUGCCCUCCUCCCGGGAGGAGAAGGUGCAGCUGAUGCGGCAGUACCUGCUGGAAUACGGCCGGGUCUCCUCCCCCGAGGAGCUGAAGCUCAUGAAGGGCAUCAACCGGAACACCCCGCUCCUGAUGGUGCUGAAGGACACCUUUGAAGUCGCGCGCUGGGAGCUGCUCCACGAGGGUGCCACGCUGCUGCAGAACUGCAUCAACCUCAACGCCGGACCAACCGCUUAG